CCCAAAGCUUCGGACUUCCUGAAGAAAACAGUCGAGGGAUUCAGCAUCACCGUUUCCCCUUCGCGCCAACGCCAUGGCUUCCACCGCUACAUACUUGCCCGCGGUGGCAAGAAGUCUGACAGCGUCAUGUCGGUCAUCAAUUCGCCAGGCUGCCCCGAUGGCGCCGUUUCUCCUUCCUUUCCAGCAGCAGGUCCGGGGAGUGAAAAGCAACCCGCAGGCGAAGAACAAGAAGACGACCAAGAAGAAGGAGAAGGGCGCGAGAGAGUUCAAGCAGAGAGACUUGAAGGAUAUGGAGCAGUACAGUCUCUGUGAUGCCAUGAGGUAUAUCCGCGCAUUCGAAGUCGGCCGUGAUCGCUCCAUAUCCAAGUACGAGGUUCAUAUCCGUUUGAAGACAAAGAAGGAUGGCCCUGUCAUUCGAAACAUGCUUCGAUUCCCCCAUGCAGUUCAGUCCGAGUCACGUAUAUGCGUCAUCUGUCCACCGGGAACGAGGCACGAGAAAGAAGCCCGCGAGGCGGGAGCAGUGCUCGUGGGAGAGCAGGAGGUCUUUGAUGCCGUCAAGAGUGGCAAGAUCGAGUUCGACCGAUGUAUUUGCCAUACCGACAGUCUAGAUGCGAUGAACAAGGCCGGAUUGGGACGGUUUUUGGGUCCCCGAGGUCUGAUGCCCAGUGUCAAGAUGGGUACCGUGGUCGACGAUGUCGGUGCCCGAGUGCAGAUGUUGCGUGGAGGUACCGUGUACAGAGAGAGAGAUGGAGUUAUCAGAUUGCCUAUUGGACAAUUGGGAUUCUCCCCGAACGAGUUGCGAGACAACCUCCGUACUACGAUCGACCAGAUCAAGAAGGAUGCCGCAGGACUCAGUGACCGAAUUACGAAGGAAAUUUAUGAAGUGGUGUUGAGUUCCACCAGCGGCCCUGGCUUCAGCUUGAACGGCGAAUUCAAGUCUGACAGUUCCCCAGAGCCGGCUGCCUUGAGCGGAUUGUAAUAUACUGUUCUGUUCCAUACAUUUUGUUAUAUCUAAAUACAGCAAGGCGUACUCUGGUAUUAUGUGA